AUGAGGUCAUCCACUAAUUCAGGAAUUGUAAAAGUAGACAUUAAGGGAAUGAGAAUGUCUGAUAGUUUGGAUAUAUUUCACAUGGAGGUAGCGGGUCCUCCAUUUUUACGAAACCACCUUGAUUGUAGAAUAAGUCUAGCAACAAAAAUUAGGGUUUACAGUGUUCAAUCUAUCAAUGCUCGAUUAAUCUUAUAUGCAUUAAGUAUGCUUUCCGAUGGCCGUUUCCUCUCUGAGAUCACAAAACAGGAAGAACUAGUGAAAGAAAUUAAUUGGCUUGUACUUCGACCCAUGGGUACGACUGUCCGCCAAGUACUAAAAAUUCCCGAAUUGGAAUGA